GUUUUGAAAUUUUUUUCCUGAAUUGCUUUCGCAAACGCGACAAUUGCUAAGCGUUUAGUGACGGGGUCACAAACCAAAGAAUUGUUAUUCUUUGCGAACGGUUUAUUUUAUAUGGGAUUUGACCACAUCCAUCCCACAGUGCAAAAUAACUAUUUUCGAGUUCUCAACCUAAACAGCUAAACGAGGCAUUAAAUUGACAGCUGAAUUUAAACACGAUAGACAGAGAUACCAGCACCGCUAGUAAACAUUCUACCCAUUCGCAUUAGAUAAAAAGAGAGGGAAACAACAGACUCAUCAAAGUGAAGAAACACAACCGCAAGGAAACCUUCCGUCAACCUUAAUAUCUUUAUUAUCGCCGUAAUUAGCGCAUUUGUGCGAGGUGCUUGUUUGUUCUGAUAGUGGAUUGCGACAGAAAAUCCACCACCUGUCGCAAUCAUUCCACCUGCAGACCGCUAAUCAUACUCUAUUGUGCAAUCCACUGUAUCGCUACAGAUGAUUUGCUGCGGUUAGGUGCCGCCCGUGAAACAGUGAAAGUCCAUCCAAUCCGGCAACAACGAUGGCAAAGAGUAGAAAUUUUGUGUUCGUUCUGGUGUGGCUUUCACUGUUAAUAAGUGCCGGUAUACAUCUGUUCUCGAAAGGGUUCCUGCUAACACGGGUGGCCCAGACAAACGUUAGCACCUGCAUCAAUUACGACCAGUAUCGGUGCGAAAGUGAUGGCAAAAAUGGUUCUACACAGAAGAGUGAAUGCAGCGGAGCGGAGAAAGUAUCUUCCAUUCUGCGUGAUGUCGAUAUUGCCGCAGGCAUCUGUUUUCCACCAAAGGCACGUGUUAUUCUGCUCGUAAUCGAUGCACUACGGUACGAUUUCGGAUUGUACAAUCCGGACAACACGCAUCCGGCAGCGUACGAAAACAAUCUACCCAUCAUGUCGGAGCUGUUACGUAAGCAUCCGGAUCAUAGCAGGCGUCUUAAGUUUGUGGCCGAUCCUCCCACCACAACCAUGCAACGCUUGAAAGGCAUAACGACCGGCAGUUUGCCCACCUUCAUCGAUAUCGGUUCCAACUUUGCGUCGCCCGAAAUCAAUGAAGACAAUCUGAUCGACCAGUUGGUACGGGCGAACCGCACGACGGUUUUCCUCGGUGACAGCACCUGGACGGAACUGUUCCCGAACCGGUUCACACGCGAAUACCCUCAUCCGAGUUUUAACAUCUACGAUCUCGAUACGGUUGACAGUGCGAUCGAGAAGCAAUUGCCACGUGAAAUGGGACGAACCGAUUGGGAUCUUAUCGUUGCACAUUUUCUCGGAGUGGAUCACUGUGGACACCGGUACGGACCGUCGCACGAUGAGAUGCGUCGUAAGCUGCGGGAAAUGAACGACGUCAUUCGCAACGUUACCGAGCGCAUGGCUGACGGUACGACGCUGCUUGUAAUCGGUGACCAUGGGAUGACGAAAACGGGUGACCACGGCGGUGAAACGGAAGAUGAGGUGGAAUCGUUGCUGUUCGCUUACUCCAAAGGAAGUCCUCUUCUGACGCGCGGUUACGAUGGUCAUGCGGAUACGAUGCAACAGAUCGAUUUAGUGCCAACGCUUGCUACGAUGCUUGGUGUACCGAUACCGUACUCCAACCUCGGUCAGAUCAUGUUCCAACUCCUACCCGAUGCACGUGUCGAUACAUUCCUUCGCUAUCAGUUGGCGUUGGUACACCUGUGGCAAAAUGCACGCCAAGUUCAGAGCUACUUCCAGCAGUACGGUGAACCCCGACCGACCGAUGCGGUGGCAUUAGAUCCGGACCAAGAGCAAGAGCUGGACGAUGAGGAAAACAUGUUCCUGAUGUUGACACAGCGCGUUAACAGCGUUUAUACCGAGGCCGCCUUUCAAAGCUUCUCGGGCGAUUUGCGCCACUAUCUGAAGGGCAUUCUCGAGGGCUAUCGACGCGUGUGGGUUAAGUUCGAUCCGCAGCUCAUUUCGCACGGUCUACUGAUCACGUUUCUCGGCUGCUUCGCGAUGGCAUUACUGAUCGUGAACUCAUCACCCCAUCAGCUUGCCGCCAUGUUUACGGAGGGAACGACAUCGUACGCGUUUUUGCUAGUAUUCUUUGCCGCCCAAACCGGGUACGCUUUCCACGAGGUGUUUGGCCUCAGCUCGGCCCAGCACGGUGUAAUACUGUUCGGAUCGAUCGCUAGCGUUGCGCUGCUGGCCCUGCUCGCCAUGCGCCACUGGGUAUCGAUCACGGAAAAUAUGGCCGGCUGGAAGCGUUCCGCCAAUGUACUAACGCGUGCCUCGUUUGUCUUCACCACGUGCGUUUUCUUUGCGAACAGUUUCAUUGUGCAGGAGCAGAAAAUAUUGUCCUACGUGCUGAUGGGUUUCUUCCUAACGACACUUUACAAACUGCACCGUUUGGGUGGUCGCUUCGCUUUCCCACGAUUAAAAUUGAUUGCUUUGCGGAAGUCAACGUUAGUGAAGCUUGUGGCGCUGACACUCUUUGCGCUGGUAUUGAUUCGCGUUUCGGGUGGAUAUUUCCGAUGCCGAGAGGAACAAGCAAACUGUACGGACCAUCUGGUAAAGGUGCCGAGCGCAACGUCACCGACGGAAGGUCAUCGUAAGCGAGGUUCGUAUGCAGACAUCGAUGUUGUGCCGUGUGUUGCACUCGUACUGUACAUUGUUUGCGCACGGAAGUAUCUGCGAGCUUGCGGGAAUCUUACCGGUACGAGUCUGAACGUCCUAUUAGCACGGUACGGCCCAACGGUUGCUGUCGUUUGCACCUGUGCACACUUUACCGUGUCGAAAACGAGCGUUCAGAGCGCGAUUCCACAGCUUCACGUUGAUGCACUCGCGUGGAUCGUUUACGGACUGUUGUUGGUACAGAUCGGCGCCCUCAUCGGGACACCAUUGCUACUUUACGUGCUACCGAAGCGCACCGACGUAUUGAACGUGUUGUACGCCGAACGAGGCAAUGUUGCGCCGGAAAUUUAUCGCCAGCUGAAGGAAAACUAUCGUGGACGAUCGACCGAUGAUGCUGCCUCUUCCGAGAUACCGAUCGUCUGCGGUCUCGGCACUGCAUACUCUUCCGUUUUUAUCUCCGCCGGUGCACUGCUCACCGUAACACUUGCCCUUCUGCUCGGAUCGCACGGUACGAUGGGCUUAAUACUGGUGAACAGUGUUGCCGUCGCGUACGGCAUCAUUGCCUCCAUCCUGCAGUACGAACAAUCGUCUACCCGCCUGACAGCCUGCAUACAACCCUCCUUUCCGACCCUGCUCACCUGGAUCAUACUGCAACAGUACGGAUUCUUCGCAACCGCACAUCAACCCACCCUGUCACAGAUCGACUGGAAUGCGGCCUUUAUCGGGCGUACGUAUCACUUCGAUGGUAGCCACAUCCUUUCCGGUCUGCUCGUACUACUCAACACGUUCUCAGUCACGUUUCUACUGUCGGUGCUGUUUCCACUGCUUGUUUUUGUCCCAUUUUGUGUGUACACCAUGUGGCCAACAUUAGCACAACGGCUAACGAUCACACCAAAGACACCGGUCGCAGGACCAACGACGUCCUCACCUUUAAAGACAACGCGAGCCGCGAAAGGAGAGAAUACGCUGCGCAAAACUACUUCCGAAGGUGGAAGUGUCGAGUAUCGUAGCGUAACCGUAAAUAAGGUGGAAGAAUCGACCGAUGGAACGAUCGUGGCCGAUUUCGACAUCACCAAGGGUGAGCUGAAUCUGUACGAAAAUGAAAAACUCUUUCUUGGAACCGUGUUCAAAACGGGUUGCCAAUUAAUACUGCUUCAAUCCCUUAGGAUAUUCUGUGCCAUGUUUGCCUGUACGCUACACUGCCGCCAUCUGAUGGUGUGGAAGAUAUUUGCACCCCGGUUCAUCUACGAAGGUAUCGCCAGCUACGUCAUGUUUGUUGGUGUGAUACUUGGCUUUCUGCUGCUGUUGCGCGUCCAUCGUGCAGUCGGCACUCUGAUAACGGCGAUCAACAAGCGCCGAUAAGUAACGUUUGGAAUGGGUAGGUAACCAGUAUCGCGCCGGAUACUCAUUAUACAAUAUGGUUCUUCGGAUUUUACCGGUCAUUUGGAACCUUCAACCAACCACCAUAUUGAAUCCAUCGAAACCACCUACUCUCUAGUCUUGUGUUCAGUAUCUCAAACCUGCCGAACGUAACGGCGGCCCUCCUUGUAUUGCGCCUUGUGGCUCCCUCCGGUAGAGGGAUUUCAAAGAAAAAUAGACGCGAACCCGAAGAGGGUUGACAGCGGCCUAUUUGCGUUAGAUAAGGUUUUGUUUUGUAGUAAAUUAGUGAUUAGCCACGGGGAGAGGAAGUAUAAUUUUGUAGCACGUGGACAGUUAAUGCCUUCUCACGAAUCGCAGGAUGGUUAGCGUUUUUCGUUAAAUUAUGCAUUUGCACAAAUAAAACUUUAACAUGAACAA